AAUUCAUAUUAGGUUACAAUGUCGGUAAUUAAUAGGAAACAAUACAGUUAACAGAAUUUCAAAUUAAUGAAGAAAAUAGUAUCUCAAACCAAAAUUACCGAAGAUACAGAAAAUACUGAAAUAACUGCGAAGAAAAAAUGUCUCGAACGAGGAUUUACAGAGGGCGAUCUCUGUCCAUUCAAACUAAAGUGGUCCUUCGGAUUAAAUCCGGAAGUACCGAUCAUAAAUCUAACUACUACAAACCGUACGUUAUUGGCAUACGCCUGUUCGCAUAUAGCGAUAAUUUACGACUACGAUUUAAAGAAAAUGUUACCACUCCUAAGUCACCGAAAUCCUAUUAAAAUGUUGUCAACCUCGCGUGAUGGCAAGUGGUUACUAACAGCGGAUUCUGGAAAGGACAGUGUAGUAGUGAUUUGGGAUACAGAACAGGGGGUUUCCGUUUGCACUUUAUUUAAUCCACAUAAUAGUGAAGAUAUCACAGUUGCUGCUAUUAGUCCUAAUGCUAAACAAAUAGUCACCGUUGGCGGUGGAAAAUGUCAGAAUGUGCAUUUCUGGUUAUGGACUUAUAGAAGAGACAAACCAGAUGCAUCGACUUCGUUAAUCAACAUUGCUGAACGUGUCAAGGGAAUAACUUUCAACGACAAAUGUCCGGAACAAUUUGCAUUGACGACCGAUUAUCACGUUUUAUUUCUAACUUGGAAUGGUCACGUUUUGAGUUAUGAUUGUCCCAAAGUUAUGGCAAAAGUUCAACGUAUUGGUGUCUUUAAUGCAUCAUGCUACGUUCCAGAAGUACAACAAGCAUUUACAGCAAGUACAAAUGGCUACGUUUUAGUAUGGGACAAUGUUUCCUGCAAAGACAAACACGCUUCUGAUGAUACUAAUUAUAAGAAGAAAAAACACAGAAAGACUCUUAACUUACAGAAAAGCAGUAUUACUGUUAUUAUUGAUAACGAAGGUGUGCUUGUUACGGGAAAUUCAAAUGGUCGUGUUACUUUCUAUGAUUAUCAAUUGAGAUUUUUGUAUUGGUGUGAAAGUUACCAUCUUGAUUCCAUUCGGUGGCUAAGCUUCCAUCUUGAAUCUGAUUUGUUAGCUCCGUUAUUUGUAACUAAAAGGAGACAUUUGCCCAGCAAAACGCAAAUAGAUUCAAAACUCAUUGUAAAUGCAGAAGCUAUUUCACAAGAUGACAAGAGUGAUAAGACCGCCGAGACUAUCAAAACAACAUUGAAUCCUUUGUUACCGAGUGUUACUCUACAGUGUUCUCCAUUUAAUAUCCGAAAUUUUCUUGUGUGCUCUUCUGCGGGAAUAGUAGCAUUAAUGAAAAUUCCAAUGCAGAAAUGUUACUUUGUGUUUCAUCACCCGGUUGCAAUCGUAACUAGUAUGGAUAGUCAUCCAGAAAGAAGUUAUAUGGUUGUGGGCGACGCUCAGGGAACCAUACAUUUAUAUAAUCAUGAAAAAUGCAUUCUGCUAACAUCCAAGAGCACGCCACCUCUUCCAAACUAUCGACCGAUUCUCGAAAAACAGAAGAUUGAGGAAAACAUUAUUUAUGUCACCUGUCCGCAAAGCCACAAAACCCUGAAGGCCGUUACGACUCUGAAAUUCUCACCAAGAUGCGAUAUGUUAGUGUGUGGUUUGGAGAACGGGGCGAUCUGGAUUCUACAUCAUAUCACCUUAGAUCCUAUAGAUGAAAUACCAUAUAAGCACUCUUCGACAGCCAUUAAUAAAAUUAUUUUCACACGGUGUGCCGAAUACAUGGCUUAUACAGAUAACGCGUUGACUGUAGUAGUAUUUAAGAGAAAUCAUACGACCAUCGCUUCAAAAUAUAAUAUGUGGAACUUGAUCGGAAAAUAUCACUCGCAUUAUUUACCUAUCAGAGAUAUACUUUUCGGCCCGGCCACAUCCGAUUCCGAUGUACCGCGGUUUUUCUCUUUGGGAGAAGAUCGAGAGCUCGUCGAAUACGAUCUCGCGCACAGCGGGCCAUAUCCAGUGCCAGGACUUAAAAUCUUGCGUAUCGAUCAGAUCGAACAAAGUGCCGUUCCUCUUUGCCUCGCGUGGUACCCUGUGUCCGGCAUUGAAAAAUUUCUCAUGAUCUCAAACUCUGAAUACAAAUAUAAGAUCUUCAAUGAUGCUACCAAGACAAUUUGCGGUACUUACUUAGGACCCACGUUCGAAAAGCCAGUAAAAUAUAUUCAAAUCUUAACCGAUAAAGUUGUUGACCAUGGCUAUAUGGUAUAUGCGACCGAUAGAGAAAUUGGUCUUCAGUUAAUGCCUCUUGAUGGUAAUCCAUACAAGAUUGUCGGCAUAACAGGCCAUCCUCAAAAAAUAAUAGGUAUCUCUGUCAGCCACAAUAAAGAAAUACUUUUUACCGCAGGUUACAAUGAUCCAUGUGUGUUAAUGUGGAAAAUCCAACUGAAAUCUGUUGACAAAAUGGCACGAUUAGGCGGAGCAGGAUUGUCGCCGUUUUAUUGCCUCAUCAAAGGUGGGAAAAAAGGAUGGUUAGCAAAUGAGAUGAAGGCUCAGUUCUAUUAUGCGCAGAUAUUACAUCAAGGCGAGAAUACGACCGAUGUUAGAAUCAUCUCCGACACUGUGGAUCUCGAGCAAAUUUCAAAUCUUAUGCGAGCUAUUGGAUAUUUUCCGACCAACAAAGAAGUAGAGAAUAUUAUGACAGAAGUAUGGUACAAACAAUACGUUGAAACCGGUAAACUUAUUGAAAAGAUCACUUUUGAAGAAUUUGUACGACUGUAUGUGAAUCAUCGACCGGUGUUUGGAAUUGGUAUGCGUCACAUAAAGGAAGCUUUUCGUACGUUCAUCGAAGAAAAUGCCGACAGUAUGAAAAAUCCUACUUUAACGCGAGAGCAGCUUGUGGAUAUUUUAGGAGGAACGAUAUCGAAAACUUUACUGGAAGAGGAUAAACCUAUUGGUGAAAUGUUGACUUUGCAAGAAGCAUAUACAUAUCUCAAGACACUCAUGUUCCCCAAAGAGGAAAUGGUUGAGACUCAACCAAGUCUAUCUCAAAGAUUCAUAUCCUUCAAUUUCCGUUUCCUUCCGGCGAGGAUAUCUUACAAAGAUUUUAUCAUGGACAUCGUGGGUGUUGAAUCGUUGGAGGAAACUAUGGCUGACAAUUGAAAAAAUCAGCACAACGGUUACUUGAAGUAUUCUAAAAGGAAAUUUUUUACAACUAUGUACCGCUGUGACAAGGUCCGUUAAAAAGAUAUUGAUAAACCAAAGACAAAAACUGCGCGCGCGACUAUUUCAUUCUUUUAAAAUUAAAAUUAAGAUUAAGAGAGGCGCUAGAAGAAAACGCUGGCAAAAUCGUAGCCGGCAUUUGUUCGUCGUUUGCUUCUUCGGUUCGCAUAAAAAUAUACAGCACACGAAACUCGAGAAAUAAUGUAAAAGAGCAUGACAUAGAUUCGUUUCCUCGUACUUGCUGUAAUACUGUUUAGCAAAAUUUUCAAUAAACAUUUUGUAAUUUAUCAUUAUUUCUAAUAUUACAGUACUUACGAUUGCGCAUCGUUAUUUUAUCAAUCAAGUUUAUAGCCAAAAAACGUCUAUCUACUACUCACCAAUAUUCGUAAAUCCGUACAAUAAAAUUAAUACACAGACAAUUACCAUAGACCGGCUUUUUUUACGUGGUAGAAUUGUCAGCGGAAGAGAUAUUUUGACUGUUGAAAGAAUAAGAUUUUAUUCCAAGACAAUACCUAUAUGAUAGACUAGAAGCAAGGAAAGAUUCGCCUUCUGAGAAGUAAAGGGUGCGUUAAUUUUGGGACACCCUUUACAUUGCUUUAAGGAAGCGCUAUACAACAAUAUUCGCUAUACCGCACCGUCAUCAUUAAAGAAACCAAUCGAUGGCGCUUAGCGAUAUAUAGCGAUUAAAAAAUUUAGAGUAGUUUGAUAUCAAUAAAAAAAGAAGGCAAUCAUAAUUUCCGUACCCGCGGUUUUAGAAAAAUUAAAAAAACUGUGAUACCACCAGAAAUACUAAUCUCGAAUCGAAUUGCAAUCAGGCGAUUCAAGUGAAGAUCCUAAGAUUCGUGAGACGCAACCCUGCCACAUUAUUAGGCUCGCAUACGAUUUCGCAUCGUUACCUAUACUAUCAUCAACAAGGUACCAUUAAACACCGACUUAUAGAAAUUUGCAUUUUC